AUGUUCUACUACUGCUGCUGUCGCCAGCAGUUUGUGGUGAUCCUCGUCUGCCUGCUCUACAUCCUCCUCGUGCUGGCCUUCUUCGUCAAUGUCUUUAUCGCGGAUCGCAACAUGCACGCGAAUCUGAUGAUGCGGAAUGGCCGGCACGGCGUUCACGGUGGCGUUCCACCGCCGGCGGGCAUGCAUCCGGUGGGUCAGCACAAUCCGUACGACAUGCAUGGCUACAACCACUACAGCAACUACCAUCCGCAAGUGGACAGCAAGCAGCAGCAGGAGAUGGCCAAGAAGACGCCACAGCAGCAGGCAGAACAGGACAUUUACUACUACUUCAAUCACGUAUUUAGGAGGCGACGGCGACGGCGAUGAUGGGGGUCACUCACUCACCCCUCAACAAACAACAAACACACACCCCAAACCCCAAAAUCUAAAUCUAUAGUGCAUUAACUUAUACUACACAUCCACUACACACGUACAUAUAUAUAUAUAUAAAUACUAUAUAGAGCAAAGCAGCGGAUUAUGUAAAAAAGAGAAGGGAAAUUAAUUGUAAAAUUAAUAGUAAUCCAACCGAGAACCAACAGUCCGAUAUCCAUUCUUACUGAAUAAAGCCACACAGCGGAGUUACGAGAGA